UUCCACAAAUUUUAUUAAUUGUGACUAUUUCCCUCAGACUUUGCUAGGGUUUAUCGUAUGUUCUGUCUUUCGAAGGAGAAGCCAUAAGGAACAUGGUGUUGUCUAAUAAGAAACUUAAGCAGAAGCUGAGGGCUGCAAUAGCAGAAAAUCUAACAUCGUCACCCACAAUACCCAGUUCCAAUGGGGGCAACAUUGAAUCUUCGGGACCCGACACGGACCCGAGUUCAAAGCCGCAGUCACUGAAACAGCUUUUGGACUCGGUUUCCGUGAAACCCAGAUUGUCAAAAAGAGAGAAGAAACGCAGAAGAACCCUCGAUUCUUUUCCCAGUUCAGAGAGUGUCAAUGACGAAAAUGACAAGAGAGCUGAUGAAGAGAGAAAUAGAGUUGAAGAAGAGAACAAGGAAGAUAGUGUUGAUAGAAAGAAGAAAAAGAAGAGGAAGAGGAAUGAUGAAGAAAGGAAGAAACUAGAUGAUGGUGAAGAAGAGAGUGGUCUUGUGAAGGAAACUAAGAAGUUUAAGAAGAACAAGAAGAAGAAAAAGCAGAAGAAGAUGAAAGCAAAGGCGAAGAAUGAGGAAGAGAACAAAGGUUGUGAUGGACUUGUGGGAAAUGAAGAGCCAAAUAAGGAAAACGAUGGUCAAGUGAACAGUAAUGUUGCCACAAAAGUUUAUGUCGGAGGUAUUCCCUAUAAUGCAAGUGAGCAUGAUAUUAGAACAUACUUUGAAGGUUGUGGCUCAAUAACAGAAAUUGAUUACAUGACGUUUCCUGAUACCGGGAAGUUUAGAGGAAUUGCCAUUAUUAGUUUCAGGACUGAAGGUGCUGCAAAACGAGCCUUGGCUCUUGAUGGAUCUGAGAUGGAUGGGCUCUUUCUGAAAAUCCAGCCCUACAAGAUGACAAGAGUCACUAUAGCCAAUAAAGCACUUGAUUUUGUCCCAAAAAUUGUGGAAGGCUAUAAUAGGAUUUAUGUUGGGAAUUUAUCAUGGGAUAUUACCGAGGAUGAUCUGAGAAAAUUUCUCUCUGAUUGCAAAAUAUCAUCCAUACGUUUUGGGAUGGACAAAGAAACAGGGGAAUUCCGAGGCUACGCCCAUGUAGAUUUUGCUGAUAGUAUGUCUUUGUCAAUGGCACUAAAGUUGGAUCAGCAGAUUGUCUGUGGAAGGCCUGCCAAGAUAAGUUAUGCAGUUCCGCCAAAGAAAGGUGUAAACACCCAAUCCAGGACUGCCCCAGCAAGUAAUGUGGCAACUACUAAUAUUACUGAUAACACUGCAAGUAAUGUGGUGACUAGUAAUAUUACUGAUAACAAUACUGCCAGUAAUGUGGCAACUAGCAAUGGUACUGAUAAUUCUGGAGUGGUUACAGUUAGUGGUAAGAUCAGGAGACGAACAUGCUAUGAGUGUGGAGAAAAAGGUCAUCUUUCUUCAGCCUGCCCCAAGAAAACUGCUGAUACUACAAACUCCAGUACAAGUUGAACGUUUUCUAGAUAUCACAAAUGUCAUUCUUUCAAAUUUAGACAGACAGAAGUGUUGUAUCUUUCAUGGUUAUUAUAUGAACUUCAGUUUUAUAGUUUGAAAGCAAGCUCCUUUAUCCUGUUUUGUUGAA